AUGAAGUAUGUCAGCACCCGGGGAGUGGCCCCUUGUGUGGACUUUGAAGGGACCCUCUUCUCUGGCUAUGCACCUGAUGGGGGCCUCUUCAUGCCUGAAGAGCUUCCACAGCUAGACAGAGAGACCCUGCUGAAGUGGAGCGCCCUCUCCUACCCCAGCCUGGUCAAGGAGCUGUGUGCCCUCUUUAUUGGCCCUGCACUCAUUACCAGAGAUGACUUAGAUGCUUUGAUUGAUCGAGCCUUCAGCAGGUUUCGCCACAGGGAGGUGGUCCACCUGUGCAGACUGAGGGACGGGCUGAAUGUGCUGGAGCUGUGGCAUGGGCCCACACAUGCAUUUAAGGACCUAUCAUUGUGCUGUACUGGUCAGUUCCUGCAGUACUUCCUGCAGAAGCGGAAGGAGCAUAUUACCGUGGUGGUAGGAACAUCUGGGGACACAGGGAGUGCUGCCAUCGAGAGUGUUCAGGGGACAAAGAAUGUGGACAUUAUCGUCCUGCUACCCAAGGGUCACUGCUCAAAGAUUCAGGAGCUCCAGAUGACAACGGUGCUGCAGGAGAACGUGCAUGUUUUUGGAGUGGAGGGAAACAGCGAUGAGCUUGAUGAGCCUGUCAAGGCUGUGUUUGCUGAUGUGGGGUUUGUCUCAGAGCACAAUGUGAUGAGCCUGAACUCGAUCAACUGGUCCCGGGUCCUCGUGCAGAUGGCUCACUUCUUCUUUGCCUACUUCCGGUGUGCAUCAUCCAUGGAUGUGGACCCCCUUCCCCUGGUUGAGGUGGUGGUGCCGGCUGGAGCGGCUGGGAAUCUUGCAGCUGGGUGCAUUGCUCAGAAGAUGGGGUUGCCUGUCCGCUUGGUGGCUGCAGUGAACUGCAAUGAUAUCAUCCACAGGGUGGUCCAGCAAGGGGACUUCUCUCUGUCCAAGGCUGUCACACCCACCUUGGCAUCAGCUAUGGACAUCCAGGUCCCCUACAACAUGGAGAGGAUCUUCUGGCUGCUCUCUGGUGGUGACAGCAAAGCUACCAAAGCCCUCAUGGAGCAGUUUGAGAAAACUAAUAGCCUGAGGUUGCCCCACGAGCUGCACAGCAUGCUUUCAGGGGCCAUGACAUCCGAGUCGGUGUCUGAUGAGACCAUCACCCAGACCAUGGCCCGCUGCUGGGAUGAGAACCAGUACUUGCUGUGCCCUCACUCAGCUGUGACCGUGAGCUACCAUUACCAGCAGACUGACAAGCAGCAAUCAAGUUGCAUUCCCAGAUGCUGCCUGGCCCCUGCCUCUGCAGCCAAAUUCCCAGAAGCUGUCUUGGCAGCCAGGCUCACCCCGGAGACUCCCGAGGAGAUCCUGGCCUUGGAGCACAAGGUGACUCGCUGCACCCCAAUGAGAAGAGGUGACAACUGGACAUUAAUGCUUCGGAGUACCAUUGAGGACUGCAGCCGCCGGUGGUGGGGCCAGGCCCCAAGAGCCUUAGAAUAG